AUGGCAGAGCAGCAGCCAGCGGCCGACAGCCCCAGUGAGUUCUCCAUCUUCAUCGAGACUUGGAGGGGCAAAAUAAUUGAUGCGACAGUGUCUCUGGAUGACACAGUGUGGGAGCUUAAGGCCAAGCUGGUCGCACAGGGCUGCUUCCUGUCCCCUGAAAAGCUAACGCUGCACUACGACAGCGGGGAGAUGGAGGAUGACCAGACCCUGCGACACUAUGAAAUCACACCCAACAGCUUUGUGUUCCUGUUCAAAAGACUCGAUGAUAUUGAUGCCGAUGUCGAUCCUGGAUUUUCAGGAGAGCUGUCACGGGCCAAACCUGGGCUCACCACCAAAGACAAGCUGCUGGCGCUGCGUGCAGGAGGCCUCGGCUUCAGGGUGAAGUCGGCAGUGAUCGUCACCUACAGAUACGCCCCCUGGAACCAGUACCUGAGUGAGUCUGACAUGGAUAAAUGGAUGUGCGCUGGACCCCUCUUCCACAUUGAAGUGCAGCCCGGGGUCGUGCAGGAGGUGCAUCUCCCCCACUACAUCUGCCUGGCAGAAGGCGUAAAUACCACCCAGUGCUUCAUUGUCCAUUAUAAAUCUGGGGAGAAAAUUCUGGAGAGACCGACCAGACUGAUGGCUUUCUCUGCUGUCCUGGAGAAUCCCACCUUCUCACUGCUUGGUGUGCUUUGGAGAAAGUUAUUUUUCUCCUUAAAUUCAUUCCCUAUGCAUGCCUUGGUGCUGAUCUUCCAGCAGCUCAGUGCUGCACGUACGACUCUUCACCUCUACCUAAUCCCAGACGACAACUCUGUGAAGCAGGCCAUUGAAGAGGAAGAAAUGAAAUGGAAUGCAAAGCUUAUUCCCAAGCCUCCUCCUUUCAACCCUCUGUUCUUUGGCUGCGUUUACUGGGUGACCAGUACGAAGUCUGUGGAGGUAACACCUGAAACGUUCCUCCCAUUUUGCUACAAGAGUCCAAAGGAACAUCAGUUCUUUAUCGAGAUCUACAUCAGGGACAUGGAAGACGAAAUUGAUCUCCUUAUGACAGACACACGCAACAACGCUACGAUCUGGAAGGCGUUGGUGAGAUCAGGUGAUAUUAAUGUUCCUGUCUCUUUCUCCAAUACUGUGUCAGGUGCAACCUUCAUGAAGAAGCACAAGACCGAGCUUUGCUCCAGGAUGAGGCAGCUCUGCACCAUUCUGCUGCACUUACGGGACGCAAACAUCAUCAACAGCGAUGAAGAGGAGGAGGUGCAACGUGAAGAAACGAGUCAAAGGAGGAACCGAGUUUUGCUGGAGCUCACUGAGAAGAAAGGACGGAAGGCCCAGGAACAGCUCUACCAGAUCCUCCGCUUGAAAGACCCGUACCUGAUUGCAGACCUGGAGAACUCCAUCUAG